AUGAAUGUUAUAGACAAUAAAAAAUCUAUAACCCAGUCAAAAGGACGAGGUGGCAGAAAACAAAAUACGGGAGCUGGAAUGUUCAUAAAUUUCCAUCACGACAUAGGCAUUAAUCGCAUAAAAAAUACAUUCAAUGCUUCGAGUGCUAGAAUAGGUAUAAUGAAAACACCUGUCUUGGGUGGACCAGGUGGAUCUUCCUCAUCUGUCAAACGUAGUCGGUAUAAAAGUUCUGCCUCCCAUACUGCUGGAGCCACUAGCUGCUCUUCUACUCCAAGAGGAGUUGGAAAUCUGCCAAUUAUCCUGGCAAUAACUGAGGGUAGAGGCGAAGCUAGAGGUGAAGUUGGUAUUGCCGUAAUUAAUGUUCAAUACCCACAUCUGGUUCUUGCCCAGAUCAGUGAUCGCCAUACAUAUGUUAACACACUAACGAAAAUUCUGGUUUUCAAGCCAACUGAGAUUAUUAUGCCAGAAACUAUGAUUCAAAAGACUGGGACUGCAGGGAAGCUUUAUGAAUGCAUAAAGGAAAAGUUCAAAGGCUUGAGCAUCGUUGCUGUUUCUCGAAAACAUUUCAGCAACACAGAUGGAUUAGAUCGCAUAAGAACACUUUGCACCCAUGAAUAUUCUUCGGUUGAAUUAUAUGUGAAACAAAAAUUUUAUGCACUUGCUGCAGCUGCUGCCUUAUUAAAAUAUGCAGAGUACUCACAAAAUAUUUUCUACAUCGCAAGAUCGAUGAAAAUAGAAUUUCAGAGUUCAGAAGACACCACUAUAAUAGACAUAGAGAGUGCACAGAGCUUGGAACUGGUAACUCAUCAAGAAACUAGCAACAAGUUUACUCUUCUUGGUGUACUAGAUAGAUGCCUAACUCCCGGAGGAAAGAGAUAUUUGCGAGCCUCUAUUCUUCAACCCUCUUGUAAUGAGCACAUAAUUAAGGAACGUCAGGCUUGUGUCUCUGAAAUGGUCCAGGACAGUACGCUACUAUCAUCUGCACAGUCCCUAAUUAGAAGAUUGUGCGACAUUGAUCGUCUUCUCGUUUUGGGUCUAAAUACCCCACAGAGAGACAACAUAUCAACAGCCGAGAAGAAUUUAAACUGCGUUCUUGCCUUGAAAAGCACAUUGGAAGUUAUUCCUUCCCUGCAAUCGGUACUACAAACCGUGCAAUCCAACUUUCUCAGAAAGGUCUUGGAGAACCUAGAUGAUCCUCGAUUCACUUUAAUGAUGACUGCAAUUUCGGAACUACUUCAGCCAGAGGCACGCCAUGUAGCAGGAUAUAACUUCUCCACUCUACAGCGCUGUUUUGCUUUGAAAAGUGGAUUGAAUGACAUGCUGGAUAUAGCCCGACAAGCAUACUGUGAACUCAUAGAUGAUAUGAAAGGGUUAGUUGAAACUUUGGCUUUAAGAUACGACCUGCCAUUCACCCUGGGAUGUAGCUCUUCCCUUGGAUACCAUAUUAAAUUGGAAUCUCCACGGCGAAAACCAAUCAAAAUCAACCAAAUUCCACCCAUAUUUAUUGAGGUACAAAAGUACAGAAACAAUUAUCUCAUGACAACAGAGAGUUUACUGGUUCUCAGCCAAAGAUGCAAAGACUCCCGCGAGGAACUUCAUGUUAUGAGCAAUGUCAUGUUGAAAGGACUGCUGAACACUAUCAGGGAACAUAUUGGCUGUCUAUAUCAACUCAGCAGCGAUAUCGCAGAACUGGACGUUAUAGUCUCCCUAGCUUCUGUCAGUUGUCUUUCCAACUAUACCAGACCAACAUUUGGUACACGCACAGAAUUAAAAAAUUCCGUGCACCCAUUAAUGGACAUCACCGGAACUUACGUUCCUGUUGCCAAUGAUGUGUACGCCUCACUCCCUCACAACAUCAACAUUAUAACUGGUCCUAAUAUGGGUGGAAAGUCUGUUUAUCUCAAGCAGAUCGUCAUGCUGCAAAUAAUGGCACAGAUCGGGUGUUACGUGCCAGCAGAGGAGGCUCAGUUUCGUGUUGCAGAUCGAAUAUUUUGUAGGAUAUGCUUUGGGGAUAACAUCGAAUGCAAUGCUUCGUGUUUUGUAUUGGAGAUUAAGGAAACUCAGUAUAUUUUACAAAUGGUGACACCCAAGUCACUUGUAAUAAUGGACGAGCUUUGUCGGGGCACCACCAUGGAGGAAGGAGAGUCAAUUGCUUUUGCUAUUUGUGAACAACUAAUAAAUACCACAGCAUUUGUAUUUUUUACUACACAUUUCUUGGGUCUCACUCGGCUGGCUAAAUGGUAUCUCAAUGUGACUAAUUACCAUUUUGGAACCAUGUGCCGAAAUCUGGACAGUUCUGAAAAAGCGCGAUUGGUUUACACCCAUAAAUUAAACCCUGGAAUUGUGUCAGUAAAAAAUUAUGGACUAGCUUUGGCAGAAACUUCUGGAAUUCCAGCAUCCACCUUGAAUAUGGCCAGAGAAAUUUCUGUAAAACUGGGUGGAAAAAUUGAGCCUGUGGAUUUGUGUAGUAAGAUUGCAAAAGCAAAGUGUUGUUACGAUGAAAUUGCAUUCAUACACCGGCACAUUGAAGAUGGAAAGCUUAGUAACAGCAUUGUUAGUGAUGUGAUUGCAAGACUACGCAAACAAAAUGUUAUCCUUGGUAAAGAGAACCGUACAGAUGACGAUGAAAUUAUUAAAACCAGCCAGAGUUCUUUGCACUCAAUCACAGAAAAAUAUAAUCAUCCUGAACAACAGAGAUUACUGAACACUGCUACCUCUACCAGUGAACGCACCUCCCGAGAACCUAUAUCUCAACCAAAAAUAGGACCAAGUGAAAUUAAAACAUAUGAUGCUCCGAAAUAUCCAUCGCCAAGCAAAAGGUUCAUGUUACCAAACACACCAGUCUGUCAAGCACAUUUGACCAAUGAACAAAUGUUGCCGGAUAGUGGCCGACAGAAGCUAAGACAAUUUAUCAAAUUUUCUCCGAUACAUAAAUCAAAUUCCAACAAUCAGUACCAGCAGAAAAUUAUGCCAUCUCCUUCAACCAGCAAGGAAAUGGAAUCCAAGCAUAUUCCGAACAAUUUGAGCAAGCCAUCCUCUCCACAGUUAAACUGCAGUCUUUCUCCAUCUGUUGUUGAGUUAUUCUCCCAGAUUUCGACAGAGACACUUAAAGCCAAAUUAUCUGCGCGACGCAAAGAGGCUAAAAUAUUUAAAUUGAUUGAGGGUGACCAGUUUCAAGAAUCCGAAUUCUAUGGAUCUAUCUUGUCUAAAAAUUUCAGUAUUAUGAGUAAUAACUCCAAACAAUAACUUAUAUAAGUUUAUAUUCAUAUUGUGAAUCUUGAAAAAACGUUUGUGAAUAAAUCAUUGCUCACAGCCUACUCCUUUCAAGCUACAUAAAAAUAUUUUGGGAAAAUGGUGAUCAUUCUUCUUUUUCCCUUAUUAGUGCCU